UCAUAUCCCGCCGCUUCCUCCGUGUUUUUCAAAGGACAUUUUCAAUUUCGACUAAGCUUCACGGCGGAAAGGCGGCCACACACUUAGGAUUCGCGUUGUCCUCACAGCUGUUGUAAAGCAUCUGUCACACUGCUUCUUUCUGUCCAGGCACAAACAGCUGCGUCAGGACACGGGCGAGGAUAGCGCUUCUCCUCUCUUGCAAUGGGAAGCAAAGGGGGCACUCCUCACUUCCAGAAGUUGUGCUAUGCGUCACCUGCACAGUGGAAAAAACUCUAAAAUCACACAACUCAUAUCAAUCAACAGUGGUGUCUCGCGAUAACAGGACUAACGUUUAAUGAUAAAUAAGUGAACUUUAUCAUAUUACCGACUUGGCAACUCUGAGUACAGACUAGACAGAUAUCUCGUACACUUUGUCAGUGCAGGCGCCCGACUGCCGCAACAAGAUGGAGAAUUAUUUUAGAGAAAAGAAACGUUUUGUAGCGAGAAGGAAAAGAAGUGAGGGCAGUGGACGUCUUGGCCCGACUACAGACACUUCCCAGAACCCAGUGGAGCAGGACGAGGAUGAUUACAAAAGGCCCUUGGAGGACAUGUUACUGAAGGUGAGGGAAAAAAAAGACGCAUCACACCAGACUUACUGGCUGCCAGAGUCACCGUACAGCUUAGGAGGUUAUGCAGAAUACGUUCCGGUGAGGCAGAUGGUGGUGGCCGCUUCCCAAGCAGCCGUACAGGACGAGGAGGGAGGGUGGUCACUGCAGCUUUUUUCCUUACAAAAUCUUUGUACCACGUCUCUUAAGGUCUUGGUGCCAGGAUACCCUCUCGAAGGAAUCCUGUUCACUGCCACUCAGCGCCCUCAGGAAGGACUAAGUGUACCGCAGCUAGACUUACCAGCAGUCAUAGAUUACAUGAGAAGCUUUUUCGAGACCGGAAUUCACUUGCUGGAGGUGGUACAGGACAAAACGCGCGUCACAACUAGGUUUGUUGUAGGUUCCUGGAAGGAUCCUCGCAUGCCAGACCUUCCCUUCUACACUCCAAGGGCACAUGGCGGACCGUUCUUCAGGAAUAGGUACGGCAACUACUCGAUGCUCAAGACGGUGAAACUGUACCGCAGUGCUCGACGUCUCAAUCAUAACCUUGAGUUUUUCAUCUCCGUCAGCAGGGAGCAGAAAACACGCCUGGAAGAAAUGUGCAACCAGGCGUAGAAUUCCCAAUAGACAAGUGAUGGGCGAGCUUACUCGAAAAGGAGCCGCCCCUUGACCCUGCUGCAGUGCACGAAGCAAAUGGGACUCGCGUGUUGGAUGGACCAUUACGGAAAUUACGAUGCAUAAUGAGUUGCAAGCUUGGUCCUAAUGUGCAUGUGUGCGCCUCGUGACGGUGUGAAGGACGCAUGACGGAUCCGGAACGGCCAGCUCGUGCUCAUCUUUAACUAUUAGCAUACGUGAAUGAUACGAUUAAUAGGAAGUGAAUGAUCGCGAUUGCACAAUAUCAUGAACGAUGAUUUUGUUAGUGUUCCAACUACUGAGCGCUUCCGUCAAUGUAUGUAGCUUCACGUGCUGUUCUGGACAUGCAAUCAUUAUAUGGUAGCAUGCCUUAUAAUCAUACAUGAAAUAAAUACAUGAUUGUAGUUCCA